CCACAAACCAAAAUGGCGACGGGUCACUUCCGGCCCGCAAGUUCACAGCAUGAUCUACGUUAUAAGGAAUGAUAUGAGACAGGCCCAUUUUCAUUUAUCAAUUACAAUUAUCAUAGGUAACUUGAGACUUCCAUCAUAAAUUAAAGUUUAUUUGUGUCUACAUAUAAGAAAAACGCUUAUAGGUAUUCAUCAUGGUCAAGAAGACAGUGAUGACACUUUGCCUCCUGUCUUUAUUCUACAUGGCCAGAAAUGAUCCUCAAAAUGAAAGUGAUGUAGAUUCAGAGCAAUGCUCAAACACACAAGAGGAGAGAGAACAUUUGUACACUGGUCUGCAGAAUUCUCCUCAAACUUGUUCCAAAACUCUCAGAAGAAAAGCCAGAGAUCUUAAAAGUGAAGAUCAUCUGAUAAAAUCAUUUGGAGAUUGGAGCUUUGCCACAGAUCAGGUUCUUCUGCAGACUUUCCCGAUUGACCCAGAAAGGAGGAACUAUGUGAGGCAGGUCAGAGAUGCCAUCUUCUCUGUGGUUGAACCAACACCGUUCCACACAAGGGUCAAACUUGUGGCAGCUUCAGAUGAAGUUUUACAGGGCAUCCUAGACUUACACCCAGAUGUAGUCCAUGAAGAGAUGUUCCAAGCGUUUGUGAGUGGGAACACCAUCCUGUAUGGCUCCACUCCCCUGUCCCAUCGGUACGGUGGGCACCAGUUUGCCAGCUGGGCCGGUCAGCUAGGGGAUGGACGGGCCGUGAUGCUGGGGGAAUAUGUCAACAGGAACGGGGAACGAUGGGAGCUCCAACUGAAGGGCUCAGGACUAACUCCAUAUUCAAGGAGAGGAGAUGGCAGAGCUGUGCUUCGGUCUUCAGUCAGGGAAUUCCUGUGUAGUGAAGCCAUGUACCAUCUAGGCAUCCCCACAAGCCGAGCGGCCACCCUCAUCGUCAGUGAUGACCCAGUCAUAAGGGACCAGUUCUAUAACGGCCAACCUAAGAAAGAAAGAGGUGCUGUUGUCCUACGACUAGCCAAAUCCUGGUUCAGGAUUGGCUCCUUAGAAAUCCUUGCAGCCAAUCAGGAGACACAUCUCUUGAGACAGCUGGUGGACUUUGUCAUCAAGCAGUAUUUCACAGACAUCUACGAAACGUUAGGUGAAGGAGACCGGUAUCUAACGUUCUUUUCUGAUGUUGUUUCACAGACUGCAGAGAUGAUAGCUCUGUGGCAGUCAGUGGGUUUUGCCCAUGGCGUGUGCAAUACAGACAACUUCAGCUUAUUAUCUAUAACCAUAGACUAUGGGCCUUUUGGCUUCAUGGAUUCCUACAACCCAGAAUUUGUCCCUAACACUUCAGAUGACACAGGCAUGUACAGCUAUGAGAACCAGCCUGAUGUUGGACUCUUCAACUUGGACAAGUUACGAGAGGCACUCACACCACUAUUAACAGAGCAGCAAAGGUUUCAAAUGACCAAGAUUCUACAACUCUACCCAGACAUCUACAAGACAAAGUACAUGGAGAUCUUAAGGAGGAAGAUGGGGCUGCUUGGUGAAGAAGAGGAUGAUGGCAUGAUUGUGGCUGUACUUUUCAAGAUGAUGACUGAUACAAAGGCUGACUUCACAAUGACAUUUCGUCAGUUGUCAGAGCUGUCCCUCCAUCAGCUGGAGAAUGCCACUGUUCCCUCCCACCUCUGGGCCAUCAGGACUCUACAACCUCACGAAUACUUCACAAGGUGGCUACAAGUGUACGCCCAGAGACUUAGACUUCAAAACAAGGAUAGCGAUGAGGAGAGGAAAGCCAGAAUGGACUCUGUCAACCCUCAAUACGUCCUCAGAAACUGGAUGGCAGAGUCAGCUAUAAGAAAAGCAGAGAAAGAUAACUUUUCUGAAGUGAAGUUGUUACUUAGGGUUUUACAGAACCCUUUUGUGAAACAAGAGGAGGCAGAAGAACAGGGUUAUGGAAGUCCACCUCCUGAGUGGGCUAAGGAACUCAGGGUCAGCUGUUCUUCUUAAUUAAAAAUCACUGCAAGAUUUAUAAUAGCAUUAU